UGCCGCUUUCAGCCGCGAAGAACAUGAAUGUGUACGAUGAGACCUCGACCACCAUGAAGGUGACAUGGGGGGCGGCGGAGGGAGCGACGGGAUAUAUGAUGCUUUACAGAGCCACCAACGCCACCGAGCCUCAGCUGGAGCAGGAGAUUCGUGUUGGAGGAGAGGUGACCAACGUCCAGCUGGUGCAGCUGACUCCCAGAACGGCGUACUCCAUCAGUCUGUACGCUCUGCAUGGAGAGGCAGCGAGCGACGCCCUGGAGGGGACAGGGGUCACCU